UUAAACGCAGAAUGAGGAACUUCACCUUGAUAACAGCUUUACUUCUCUGCAGCCUCAGCUGGAUCUCUGUCUCAGCUUCUGAGUCUCACACUGUGGAGGUCCAGUCUGGUGGAGACGUCACUCUGAUGUGCUCCAACAUUUCCAGGGUUAUAACUACAACAGAAUGGUUCAGAGUGAUCAACAGAACAAAGCCCAGCUGUGUCUCCUCUAUGAACCCAUAUGAUAGCAAUGCUUCCUUCUGUGAUGGAUUUCAAAAUGGAUUUGAGAUGAGAUCCAACAUCUCUACUGUCUUUCUUAAAAUCAAGAGAGUGGAUUUAUCUGACUCUGGACUGUAUUUCUGUGGAAUUUACAUAGGAAGACAUACAGUCAUUGUCAAUGCAACAUAUCUAAAAGUUCAAGGUGACAGUGAAUCUGAUUUUGGAGUGGAUUUACAUACUAAAAAGGAGUCUGAUGGAAUGACAAACGUCAUGAGUGUGAUCCUGGGUGCUCUGACUGUUCUGACUGUUUUCCUCACUAUAGUCAUCAUUGUUCUGGCUGUUAAAAUCAGUAAACUUCAGUCAGCUGUGAAUGAAGAACUGCAGCCAGAAAGAAACAAGGAUCUGGGCUCAGAUGAACUGAACUACGCAGCUCUAAAUUUCCAGCUGAAACCCAAAAGAAGCCGCAGGCCUGCAUCAGAGAGAGACUGGAGCCACAUGUUGUAUGGUGUGUGGAAGGAGUCAUAG